GAGAGAGUAAAAAGUGAAAACAAAACUGAAUAAUAUUUUCUUUCUCAAUAACAAUGAGAAUUUAGUUAAUAAAAGAUAACUGCCAUCAAUUAUUACCAAAUCAAUAAGAAAGAAGGAGAACAAUCGAAUCUUGAGAGCAAUCAUGUCAAUGCGGAGGCGAACUUUGCUCAAAGUCAUUGUUCUUGGCGAUAGCGGGGUUGGAAAGACCUCCUUGAUGAAUCAAUAUGUUCAUAAGAAGUUUAGUCAGCAAUAUAAAGCUACAAUUGGUGCUGAUUUUGUCACUAAAGAACUCCAGAUUGACGACAGGCUCGUCACUCUACAAAUAUGGGAUACUGCAGGGCAAGAGAGAUUUCAGAGUCUCGGAGUUGCAUUUUAUAGAGGGGCAGAUUGCUGUGUUUUAGUCUAUGAUGUUAAUGUCAUGAAGUCCUUUGAUUCCCUCGAAAACUGGCACGAGGAGUUUCUCAAACAGGCAAACCCUUCUGAUCCAAGGAUGUUUCCUUUUACAGUGCUUGGAAACAAGAUUGAUAUUGAUGGUGGGAAUAGUCGAGUGGUAUCUGAGAAGAAAGCAAAGGACUGGUGCACUUCUAAAGGGAAUAUUCCCUAUUUUGAGACUUCCGCAAAAGAGGACUACAAUGUUGAUGCUGCAUUUUUAUGCAUUGCGAAGACUGCUCUAUCUAAUGAAUAUGACCAAGACAUAUAUUUUCAAGCUAUGCCUGAGACUGUUCCAGAUAACGAGCAAAGUGGCGGGUGCGCAUGCUAAUUUCUUAUCCUCUUAAUGCCAUGGCUAAAA